AUGGAAGAUAUGUUAACAGCGAGUGAUAGGUCUUUACCUCGGGGUCCGAGUCCUACAAAACAGUUUGCGGCACUUCAGAUCAGCCCUAAACCGUCCAAAAGGGCAACUUCGUUAAAAAAGCCAAGGAAGAAGCUUCUGGAGAAUGUGGAACUCAGUGAAAUUCGACCCCGUACCAGCAGUUUGCCUUCAAGAAAUUGCUUCCAGAAAUCCAGACCGCAGUACCUUUCUCCAUUUAUAGACAAUAUCUCGGAAUCGGAAUGCUAUACCAUGAGGACAUUUGUAACAACCAGAAAGGGUCUGGUGAACCGAGGUGACUCAGUGAGAUCCCGUAGUACCAAUAGUAUUGCCUCCUCUGGUAGUGGUAGCAUGACCGAACUGACUCCCCUGUCUGGUACCUCUAGUUCCCUGUCAGCAAGUGCCAACUCUCUCGUACCAGCCUAUGUUUUAAGAGUUUUGGUAAUCGGGGCUCCAGGUGUGGGUAAAACAUCGUUAAAGAGACAGUUUAUGACAUCGGAGUAUAUCGGAGUUUCUGACAGUAUCGGUGAGUACCUUUUCGCUUCAUUAAAAGCUUUUUGA